AUGGAGAGGAUAAGAAAAGAAAUGAUUCUGAUGGAAAGGGGACUACACAGUCCAGUGGCAGGAAAGAGGCUCUCCAACCUCACUGACUCGGCCGGGAACGCGGUGCUUGAGGCCCUGGAAAAUUCUCAGCACGCAGGUCGCCUCAGCCCGAGAAUAACUUCUGCCUCGCUGCAUGGCAGUCUCGGGGAUAUUCCCACCAAAGGCAAGUUCGAAAUCGACAGCUUAUUCGGAACCCACCACGGCGACAAUACCUCCUCCACAGAAGUGUCGUCCUCCGAAAGCAGGAAGAAAAUAAACCUGUACCCUGAAGUUUCUCCUGACUCCGAUAUGAACAGCGAUGUGGAAGUGGGUUGCCCGUCUCAUCGCUCACCGGGCAGUCUCAGCCAACAGAAGGAAAACAAUAGCAAAGGUUUUUCCGACAGUAAUUCAGGAACCUCCAAUACAAGUUCAUCGUCGAAUAUGAACGGUUCCUUCAGUAACUCCAGCAGUUCGAGCGCGGACCAGGUGAGGAGGUACCGGACUGCGUUUACCCGAGAACAAAUUGGAAGAUUGGAGAAAGAAUUUUACAGGGAAAACUACGUCUCAAGACCCAGGAGAUGUGAACUGGCCGCUUCAUUAAACUUACCCGAAACAACAAUAAAGGUGUGGUUUCAGAAUCGACGAAUGAAGGACAAGUUUUAA